CCUAAGGUUUGGAGCAAAAAAAUACAUAUAACGACAAAAUUGUAGUAGUAAAUGAAAAUUAAGAGUGGUCCAAUCCGAUCCCACCGGAAAUGCACAGGAAGGGGUUGCAGGCGCAGCGCUCCGCUGGCCGGGAAAACGAUCCACCACAGUUCAGAAGGCGCGACUUUCAGGACUACCGCUCCCAACGGGCGGAGACGUACUCCUCGAUCCGAACAGGAAAGCCACAUUGCGACCCCAACAAGAACGAGGAAAUCACACGGUUGGCCAACACCCUCGCCGCCGAUGGCAGUGGGCGACCCUUCGACAUGGUCAAAGACGACGUGCUGCUAGCUUGGCAGCAGAGUCCUCACAAGGACACGUUGGGCUUCUAUGGCGUAGGGUCGCCCACCCACCAGCCCGAGUCGGUGGUGUUCAACCAGGUGGUCGCCGCCUGCUUGGUCAAGGUCAACGGUGGCGGCACUCAGCGGAGGAACUCUAAACCGGCUAGGAAGACAUCCCCAAGGGAUAUGCUGGCGGAAAAGAACCAUACCCCUCAGAUAUGCAAGCCUUUAGUUUUGAACCGCCAGGCAUUGCAGUCGGAUCUCCAGCAGAUUCCCCACGUUCAACAGCAGCUGGAUCCCCGAAAAGCAUUCGAGGCGCUAUACUGCACGGAUUCUCCUCAGGUCACUCGCGAUUCCACUAGAGUGGCGCGCCAGCUGUACACUGGCAUUUCCAGGGCUCAGGUUUUCGACAUGGAGCCUGCGACAAGAAGAGAUCCACGUGGUCUGCGUGGCACUGGUCGCCACUGGUACUGCCCCCCGGAUUGCUUAGAGCCGCGCCUUGGCUGCACUCAGUACGAGUGGGCCAAGAACAAGCUGGAUGCUCAUCCCCUUAGCAAGGAAGCAAAGGAGCACAAGAGUCCGGAAUCAAUGAACUACGAUCAGCUGUACAGCAGAAUCCUUAAGUUCUUUGAGCAAAACCAUUCUGCAGAUCCGCUUUGCGAGUCCUAUGAGAAAUGCUGCAGGCCGAAAAGGUCCCAUGGAAAGGAUAACCAAGUACCCAGAGAUCCCAGUAAGCCCGGUAAGCCUUUGGGCGAUCUAGGUGAUCCAAUGGGGAAAGGAAAGCGCGAAACAGGAGAGACAGAUAAAGUAACUGGAGGGCGAGACGAAGGAACCGCAGAUAAAGGGGAUAAAGGAGAUGGCAAGGAUAGAAAUCGAGUCAAUGACAAAUAUAAACCAGAAGUUAACGAUAAAGAAAGCGACAAGAACAUAAAUAAUGAUAAAGACAUAUAUAAAGAAAAGCAAAAAAACAAGGAUAUAGCUAAAGAGAAUGCUAAGAAGGGGGAUACAAAAAAAGAACAAGCAAAAGAAAUAGGGAAGGAAAGGGAAAAAGCGAAAGAAAAGGAUAAAGCGAGAGAAAACGAAAAAGGGAAAGAAAAGGAAAAGAAAAAGUCGAAGAAAAAGAAAGACAAAUAUAAAGAAACGGAAUGGGAAAGAGGAAAAGAAAAUGAAUAUGAAAAUGAACGGAAAAAGGAAAAAGAAAUUAAAAGAGGAAGAGAAAAAGAAAAGGAAAAGGAACCAGAAAGAGAACAGGACAAGGAAAAUGAAGAGGAAAAGGUAGAGGAAGGGGAAGAGAAAAAGGAUAGGGAAAGAGAAACAAAAAAAGAACAAGAUAGUGAAAAAGGAAGAGAAAAAGAAAACAAAAUGGAAAUAGAUAAAGAAAUCAAAAAGGAAAAAGAAAAGGAAAAAGUAAAAGAAAAGGGGGAAAAAAAUGAAAAAGAACAACAAGUAAAGGAAGAAACUGGAAAGGAACAGGGAAAAGUAAAAGAAAGAGAAAUUGGAAAAGAAAUAGAAAAGGAAAAGCGAAAGGAAAAUGAAGAAGAGAAAGGAAAAGUUUUUAACAAAGAGCAAGACAAAGAAAAACAAAAGGAAAGAGAAAUAGCAAUAUACAAAGAUAAAGAUAAAGAAAAAGAUAAAGAUAGAGAAAAAGAUAAAGAUGCAGAAAUAGACAGAGAAAAAAACCAGGAAAAAAAUAAGGACAAUGACCAUGAUAAAGAUAAAAAUCAAAACAAAAAAAAGAAAAAAAAUAAAAAAAACGAAGACAUCAAAAACGAAGUAAAUAAAGAAUUAGAAAACAAGAAAGAGGAGGAAAGAGAGCGAUUCUCCGAAGAAAGACGAAGAACGCAACCGGAUAUCCCGGAGUUCGAAAAACCCAGCAAAAGAGGAACUACAGUGGACGAAUUCGAAUUUCCAGGUCUGGAACUCAUCAAGAACGAUCCAGUGGCUCCGACUGGCAAGCUGAAGGUUCCGCCCAAGAGAAAAAAAAGAGACAGGGAUAAGAACGUUUGCAAGGACAAGCCCAAGAAAACCUGCCCACCUUGUCCACCGGCAGGUUGCCAGUGCGAGAUCUGUCGCUUCAUGGAUCGCCCCUACAACGAGCAGGAGGCUCCCUUCAUGCGGGAAAUGAGGCGGGCGGAGCAGAGGCGCCAGCUGCGGGCCUACUACCGCCAGAUGUGCCAUCAGGAAUACAUCCGGGAUCGACGUAAGCCGGAGUACCGGGCGCCCAAGCACCAAUGCGAUCCCAUCUGCUGCUCCAACUUCUUGUGCCGAAAUCCCCGACUCGCCGAGCACUGCGAUUGCCUAGGAGCCGUGCAGGAGCUGCAGAAUCUCCUCUCCGACGCCAAGGACAACGAGGAUCACAGCAAACUGCUCCUGCGAGUCGAGAAUCUUCGGAAACGCGUCUGCCAGCGAAUGUGCGAUUGCAUUCUGGGGUGAGCUGGAUCGGAGGGCAUUCGAGUUAUGGAACGUAAAUUCUUCGUUUUUGGAAAGUACCUAUGUGUGUAAUAUCUGUAUUAUCUGAGUACAUGUUUUAGAUUA